AUGGACGCCAUUGAUUCUGUCUUCGACCCACUCAGAGAAUUCGCUAAGGACAGCGUCAGGCUCGUUAAGCGCUGCCACAAACCUGAUCGCAAAGAAUUCUCGAAGGUUGCUGUGCGAACUGCGAUUGGUUUUGUUGUGAUGGGAUUUGUUGGCUUUUUCGUCAAGCUUAUUUUCAUUCCAAUCAACAACAUCAUCGUCGGAUCUGGAUAG